UUGUUCAGUAGAUAAAAAUCGUCAUCUCCAUCGAAGAUGGAUCAACCCUUGCCCCCAACUCCUAGCUUCUCAUCCUAGCAAAAUGAAUUCAGAUGUUAACUAAAUUCAAUUCAGGACAUAAUAGGGAAGCUAAAAGUUUAUAUUAAAUGCUAUGAGUUUCAGUCCCGAGACCCCUCCGGAUUCUUGAAUCCGGGGAAAGAAGACCUCUAUUUUCCUUCCGGAAGGCUGUCUUCUACCCUUCAGGGUUGUUCCCAACGGCCUUGCAACUAUUGUAGCGACAAAAUAGUUGCAACUAGGAACGGUAUCUGCUAUUUCUGCUCGUCUCUAAUUCCGAUUCUAAGUUUUUCCGUUGUUAUCGUCGCAACUACUGUUGUUGUGUUUUAUUUUGGUUUUUCUGCCAAAAUGGCCGUUUCUGACGUUUCUCAGAAAUAUGACGUCAUACUUCGAAAAUUUAAAAAUUUGAAACACCAGAAUAUUCUAGCCUUCACAGUUUGGCCAAUCGUUCCAAUAGCACCGCUAAUCCUUCAAAACUGCUAAUUCGGAAGGCUAGCUGCUAAAAUUUCGAAUCUGCAUUUUCGCCUAUUCUGGUACAAUGUCACAGCUCUUUGUACAACAAAUCAAUGUCAGCGUCUCUCCACCAUGCUAUCUCCUCGCUGCUCGCCGCCGUCUCCAACUCCAGGUCCACCUCACCGUCGGGGAAGGUGCUGGGGUCACCAGCAUCCCUCGACCGUCCAUCUCCCAUCGCUGGAGUACUCAUGAAGUAAGGUUCUGCACCCAACGGCCAUCUGAGAGGGCCGGGCGACUGACGCGGCUAAACUAAGAGCCUUCCAUACGAGUAAUUGACAACGGGAGUCCGCAAUAUCUUCUCCACAUUGGGCCACAUCUGGCUGAUUCACUGUCGCAUCAUGUCCUUCACUCAUUGUUGCAUCCACGGGGUUGUCGCAUCCACAGUGCCCCUUUACUGUUAGUCCAUUUCUUGAUUUCUUUUAUAGUCAUUUUCGCGCAAAUUAUGUGAAACCAAUUUCCACAAUCACAACAUCGGAUACUGUACUCGUUCCCUAUCAGUCUCGAGCAUGAUGCACACCUCCAGGUUUUCGGCAUUGCUGGAGCAGUCCUGCUGUGAUAUUGAUCGUGUCAGUGUCCGGGUUCUGCAACCAUCAUACCGGAAACUAUUUAAUAAAUUUAUCACAACAAUCGUAUUUAUUAAAGCAAAGUGUCAUCAAACGUUGGGUUUUGUUUUCAGAUUUCAAAAUGAAAUUGUAUGGAUCCCUUACUAGCUUUUAUAUUGGCAAUACAAUUUUUUGCAUGGCCUAUAUAUUCAUAAAAUUGUUUACUCCGUUUUGUAGGGUAGCACUGAAAAGUGAAGAUGGUCCGAUUGGCACUCCUAAGUCCCCUGGGCCAUUAGAUGAUGUAUGUGGAGCCCUUAGUAUGCAAGAGUAUCAAAUUUUUAUGUUUCUCGGAAUAGUGAUUUGCGUGAAGACCCGAAAAGUUGGUAGCUGGCAAGAUUUUGCAAGUACUUGCUUCUUAUUUACUAAAGUUGCCAAUGCAGGUUUAUUCUACUUCCAAAACGGGGUUGCUUGUUGUGUUUACAUGAUUGCAACAGUGCUAGUUUUCUUUGUUUUCCCUGAACCAGUCUACAAGGGUCCGGAGAACAUUACUUAUUUCACUGCACAAACUUUUGACGAGGCUUUGAAAUUAGCGAAGUCUAAAAAGAUCUCAUGGCUGAUUGAGUUUUACUCCAACUCCUCUCAACCAUGUUUAAAAAUGUCGCCAUAUUUUUCCGAAGUUAGCAACUCCUAUUCUCUCAAAAACCUUAAAUUUGGAAAGAUUGAUGUGUACCGAUUCCCUCAAAUUGCCGAAAGAUUUCAAAUCCACAACGGUUUGCUGCGAAAUGACCUGCCGACAAUGAUUUUCUUCGAGAAUGGUGAACCGAUAACAAGAAGACCUGCUAAGACUCUGAAAGGCACUGCUCUGAUUGUGCUACCAUCUACUAAAAGUAUUGUGACUAAUUUUGAUCUGAAUAACGUCUACCAAAACUGCAAAAAGUCUCAAUAAUUGAAGAAUAAGACCUAAAAUUUUAUAAGCACGCAAUAUUUGUACCAGAUGUUUGCUAGCAGAUAUUUGAUAAUCAAUUAUUUCUUGACAAUG